AUGGGUCAGUUCCAAAUCGAAGCAGCCCCGCAGACCGACACGUCCCGAGAAGAGAUGCCCCAACCAGCCACAACUCGCCACCCGGCCUAUGCCCACCACUUCCUGGACGCGCCAGGAAGCGCACAGCUCCACUUCCGCCACGCAGACGGUGGCCGCCAGGGCCCAAUCCCGGCCCCGCCCCUGCGAACGGCCCAAUCAGCGCGCUCGCCCCGCCCCUCGCGCACGCGGAAAAGGAGGGCCCCGGCGCUGGCGCGUGCGCACUGCAGGCCGGUACUGGACAGCUGGCGCCGGCCGCCGCCGAUAAAUCCCGGGCGCCGGUGGCGGCAGCAGCAGCCCCGCAGCCCCUGCACUGAAGGAAGCUUGGCUCCUGGACCCUUGCUGGCUUCCGAAAUGGCAGGUGAAAUCACGGAGACCGGGGAGCUUUAUUCGCCCUACGUCGGGCUGGUGUACAUGUUCAACCUCAUCGUGGGCACCGGCGCGCUCACCAUGCCCAAGGCCUUUGCCACCGCUGGUUGGCUGGUCAGCCUGGUCCUGCUGGUGUUCCUGAGCUUCAUGAGCUUUGUGACCACCACCUUUGUGAUGGAAGCCAUGGCCGCAGCCAACGCGCAGCUCCGCUGGAAGCGGAUGGAAAGCCACAAGGAGGAGGAUGAGGACGACUCUUCCUCGGCCUCUGACAGUGAUGUUCUCGUCCAGGACAACUACGAGCGGGCAGAGAAGCGGCCUAUCCUGUCUGUGCAGCGACGCGGUUCUUCAAAUCUCUUUGAAAUCACAGACCGGGUGGAGAUGGGACAGAUGGCCUCCAUGUUCUUCAAUAAAGUGGGCGUCAACCUGUUCUAUGUCUGCAUCAUCGUUUACCUGUACGGGGACCUGGCCAUCUAUGCCACAGCUGUACCCCUCUCCCUAAUGCAGGUGACCUGCACCACCAGCAAUGACUCCUGCGGGGUGGAAGCCGACAUCAAGUACAACGACACCGACCGGUGCUGGGGUCCCAUCCGCCGCGUCGACGCCUACCGUAUCUACCUGGCCAUUUUCACCCUCCUUCUUGGACCCUUCACCUUCUUUGACGUCCAGAAGACCAAGUACCUGCAGAUCCUGACCUCUCUGAUGAGAUGGAUCGCCUUUGCCAUCAUGAUCGUGCUGGCCCUGAUCCGCAUCGGUCACGGGAAGGGCGAGGGCCACCCACCGCUGGCCGACCUGGCAGGGAUCCGGAACCUGUUCGGUGUAUGCGUCUACUCCUUCAUGUGCCAGCACUCGCUGCCGUCCCUCCUCACCCCCGUGUCCUCCAAGCGCCACCUCACGCGGCUGGUCCUCCUGGACUACGUGCUGGUCCUGGCCUUCUAUGGGCUGCUGUCCUUCACAGCCAUCUUCUGCUUCCGCAGCGACCGCCUGCUGGACAUGUACACCCUGACCUUCGCACACUGCGACGUGGUGAGCCAGGCCGCCGUGCGCCUCUUCCUGGGCCUCUUCCCGGUCUUCACCAUCAGCACCAACUUCCCCAUCAUCGCCGUGACCCUGCGGAACAACUGGAAGACGCUCUUCCACCGCGAGGGGGGCACGUACCCCUGGGUGGUGGACCGCGUGGUCUUCCCCACCAUCACGCUGCUGCCCCCCGUGCUGGUGGCCUUCUGCACGCACGACCUGGAGUCCCUGGUGGGCAUCACGGGGGCCUAUGCGGGCACCGGCAUCCAGUACAUCAUCCCCGCCUUCCUGGUGUACCUGUGCCGUAAGCACGCCGAGCUGGACUUCGGCCCUGGCGCCGUCAACAAGCACAGAUCCCCCUUCCGCCACACCUUCUGGGUGGGCUUCGUGCUGCUCUGGGCUUUCUCCUGCCUCCUCUUCGUCACAGCCAACAUCAUCCUCAGCGAGACCAAGCUCUGA